AUGGCCAAUGUCAGCAUGGUGACUGAGUUUCUCCUGGAGGGCUUUGCUGAGGUGUGGGAGCUCAGACUCCUGCUCUCUAUGUUGUUCCUGAUGAUGUACUUGGCCACCCUGUUAGGGAAUCUGAUCAUCAUCACUGUUACCACCAUUGACCAGAACCUGCACACACCCAUGUACUUCUUCCUCAGAAAUCUGUCCAUUGUGGACAUGUGCUACAUUUCUGUCACUGUCCCCAGUGCCUGUAUCAAUUCUCUCACUGACAACAGGGCCAUCUCUGUGGCUGGCUGUGCAACUCAGAUUUUUCUGGUUCUUUAUUUUGCAUACGUAGAAACUAUGUUCCUCACUAUCAUGGCCCAGGACCGCUAUGUGGCCAUUUGCCGGCCUCUUCACUACCCUGUCAUCAUGAACCAACAGUUCUGUGUCCAGGCCACACUGAUUUUCCUGCUCAGUGGUCUCCCAUAUUCAGCUCUUCACACUGGCAACACAUUCCGGCUGUCGUUCUGUCAUUCCAACGCUGUCCCUCAGUUCUUCUGUGAUAUCCCUUCUCUAUUAAGGCUGUCCUGCUCAGACACCUGGAGCAACAAAGUUUUGAUCUUUCUUUCUGCCGUGAUCAUAGCUGGUGGAUGCUUUACCUUAAUUGUCAUGUCAUAUGUACGCGUAUUUUCUACUGUCCUGAAGUUCCCAGUAAAGGAAGAGCGAGGAAAGGCCUUUUCCACCUGUGUCCCCCACAUUCUUGUGUUAUCUGUGUUUCUUAGCUCUGGUACCUACGUGUACCUAAAACCUCCAGUAAUCUCUAAAGUAGUCCAGGACAUUAUUGUUUCUAUGUUCUAUACAAUUGUCCCUCCAUUCUUGAAUCCUAUCAUUUAUAGUCUUAGAAAUAAGCAGAUAAAACAGGCAAUCAGGAAAUGUGGCCUUAGUAAUUAUUUUCUAUUUGAUUUUUCAAGGUUGUUUUUGAUAUAUGUUUAUUAA